AUGGUUGAUGAUAACAUCAGUGAUGAUGUCGAUGAAAAGUCGUUGGUGGUUUCAGACCAGGAAAAAGGAAGCAGGAACAAGAGGAAGUUUGCAUCUAAGCUUCCUCUAGGAACUCCUUCCGAUUCACUUGUGCCAUCUCUUACGGAGUUUCCAAGAUAUGAAUUAUUAGAGAAAGCAAUGAAAGGAGACACUCUUUUUGAGAUUGACCCAUUGACGAGCGGGUGUCCUCAGUCUGAUGCGGAACAAGAAGUGGAAACUCCACCAAAUAUAGAUUGGGAGGAUACUACAACUACUCAACUUCUUGAGCUUUUAACCCAAAAUUUGUCCACAAUAUUUCAGAGCGCAGUCAAGAGGAUUGCCAAGUGUGGAUACAGUGAGGAAAUUGCUGAAAGGGUUAUCUUGAAGAGUGGCCUUUAUCAUGGCAGCAAAGAUGUUGUCUCAAAUGUUGUCGAUGGUGCCUUGGCUUUAUUGAGUAGGGGAAAGGUUCUCGAUAUUGGUAGACCUGUUAUAUUUGCAGAUUUACCGAGCUUGGUUGAUUACACAUUGUUGGAGAUGGUAUGUGUGUUGAGGGAGGUUAAGCCAGCUUUGCCAGUUGUAGAAGCAAUGUGGUGGUUGUUAAUAUUGGACUUGAACCUGGUACAUGCAUGUACAAUGGAAGGCUAUCAUCUGGUUGAGUUAUGCAGUCAAGAAAGUCCAGGCGAUAAUUCGUUUGGUUUGAAUCUUUCCCAAUCCAAGACUGAGGCUUCUGAGAAUACUCAGUCAAACCCGGAUAAACAACAAUUGUCAAAACCUUUUACCUCAAUUGCUCAAACCUUGCAGUCCAAAGUUCUUGUUACUAGUGCAGCCAUUGAAGAACUUGAGUCUAUAAGUUCACAUGUUUGUCAAGCGGCAAAAGGAAAAGGAAGUUCCACACCUUUUCCAAAAGCAAAGGCUAAAUUGAAAGCAACAAUUUUAGAAGACAAAUCGGGAGCCGGUCAAAAAGCCCUAAAUUCCAAGAAGGAUUUACAUAGGCGAAAGACAUAUCAGUUUGAGAAGAAUUGUAGAAGUACGGGUAAGGACAUUAAGGCAAACAUGACUGCCUGGGGUAGUUUGGUUUUGGACAAGAAACUGAACUCGUCUUCUUCUGGUGCAACAAAGAAGAGUUCGCACUCUAAAGUAAAAAUUCCGGUUAAAUGCAAUCAACCUCUAGCAAAAGCAAGUUCUGAUAGUCCAUGCCCUUCCUCAUCCAUAGCACCUACAAGUAUGCAAGAUUAUACAAAUGAAAAGGAUCUGGAUUCGUUAGCCAUGGAGCCUAAGUCCAGCAAAAAAGUCCCAGACAACAUAAUUGUUUCUUCUGCGGUGCCAGAUUAUUAUGCUGGUAUCCCAUAUGAUGAGUCUUUGGGAAAAUAUGUCCCUCAAAAUGAGAGAGAUGAAACUAUAUUGUUGCGAACUUCCCGUUUGAAGACACUGCAGAAAGAGCUCCAAGGGUGGUCUGAUUGGGCAAAUGAGAAGGUAAUGCAGGCCACCCGGAGGCUUGGCAAGGACCAGGCUGAGCUUAAAAUGAUGAGGCAAGAAAAAGAAGAUGCUGAAAAAGUUCACCAGGAAAAGCAAAUGUUGGAGGAAACCACCAUGGAUAGGAUUGUGGAGAUGGAGCAAACGUUGGUAAAUACUAAUUCCAUGGGUGAGACAAUUAAUUCUCUACUUAACACCUUGGAGAUGGAUAAUGUUGGACUAAAGAAGGAUAUGAAGGUUGUAAUGCUCUCUACCAGUGAGCAUGCUAUGAACGUCAAUAAUGCUUUAGCAAAUGAGAAGGAUGCAAUAAAGAAGUGUCAAGCAGCGGACAUGGAGAAGCGCUCAUUUGAGGAGGAUUUAUCUAUUAUCAAGCAGGAAAAAACUUCUUUACAGCAGCAGCAAGAGAAAGCCAACAAGGUCGUGGACCAGUUUAAGGUCCUAUUGAAGCAGGAGGAAUGGGUGAAACAAAGGUUUCUACAACAGGCUGAUUCUCUGAAAGCUGAAAGAGAACAACUCCGUGUUCAGGGAAAAGUACAGCGGCAUAAUUUUAGAGAGAAGGUAGACAAAAACAUGCAAAAGUAUAAAGAAGAAAUCCAAAAGUGUGGGAGUGAAAUCUCUCAGUUGAGAUUCCAAUAUGAAAGAUCAAAAAUAGAGGCACUUAAACGAGGCAUUCCUCAAUUGACAAAGGAUUUAGCAGCCUAUGCAGAAAGUUCUGACUCUAAUGUUGUAAAGAUGGAGAGGGAGUGUGUUAUGUGUAUGAAUGAACAGAUAUCAGUGGUUUUUCUCCCUUGUGCACAUCAAGUCCUUUGUGAAGAUUGCAACGUGCUUCACCAAAAGAAAGGAAUGGAUGAAUGCCCUUCUUGUAGGACACCAAUUAAGGAGCGGAUUAGUGUCCACUUUCCUGAUUCCGAAUAG